UUGAAGCUUUCCGUUUGGAUGUUUUACAUUUUCUCUGUAGCUUCCGACUAAUUCAUGAAGUCGUUGUUAGACAGAAAACCACAACGGGUGGAGUAUCAUUAUUUCUGAGAUUCUCACAAAAUAGUUUUGUAGAAGUCUGACGAACUGAGGUCUGUGUGUAGACCUCCCGGAAGAAGAUAGGUAACCGUAUACAGGUGCAGUGAGCCGUGUCAGAGGCAGCAGUGGCUGAGAGAUGGAUGACUGGAAUCUGGGACUGGGUACUCUGAGAGAGGGUGUAAUAAGCAAGCUAGCAGAUUUGCUGGACAACCCAAAAUGUGGUUGGAGACAACUGGCAGAUGCAGUUAAUGAGCAACCUCGAUUCCGCUGCAGUGAAAAGGAGCUGAUGAGCUGCUCCCUCCAGGUGCUCAGUGCCAAGGGCAGCCCCAGCCGCCUACUGCUGGCCAUGUUAGCUGACCGCGCCUGUUCCCUGGGCUUCUUGCUGCAGUGCCUCAAGAAGAUGGAGCAUCGUGAGGCUGUGCAGUACCUUACUGCUACAGUGAUGGAGCAGAUCCGGAUUACAGUGCAGCCACAGUCACAGCGUGUGCCGGAAGGGGGCAGAGUGGUCCUGAGCUGUCAGGCAACUGGCCCCUUAGGACUGGGGUAUCAGUGGUUUAAGGGUAAAGAAGAGGUGCUCAAUGGUAGUACCCCUGAGUUAGUGCUGAGCCCCCUCACUGUAAAUCAGCAGGGGUACUACAUCUGCCGUGUCCACCAGGGGGAGAACUUUGUCUUCUCCCAGUGGGCGCAGGUCUGUGUGGCCAGGUCGGGCGGCUCGAGUGCAGGUAGCAGUAGCGGCUUCGUGCUCUCCUCAGUGAGUGGACUGCGGAUUACCCAGCAGCCCCGGCACAUGGCAAUUGCUGAGGGAGACGCCCUCUCUCUUGAGUGCAGAGCUGAGGGAAACCCCCCUCCGCAGUACCAGUGGUACCACAAUAAGCAGCCCCUGCCACCAGCUAACAGGCCCAGCCUCAAGAUACCCUGUGUGACCACUGCAGACAGGGGGCAGUAUAGUUGCAGAGUGUACAACCUCUACCAUGAAGUGUGGAGUGAUCAGGUCCAUGUGGAAAUCGGUCCUGGUUUUGACUGUGGUGACUCCUGGGUAGAGAAUACAGAAGGUUUCACUCUUACAGCUUCCAGACAGCUCAGUCGAUUCUAUGCCACAGAUAAGGUGGCGCUCCUCAUGGGCAACAUGAACUAUCAGCACCACCGGCAGCUUCGAGCUCCCAUGGCUGACGUACAUGAGCUCACCAACCUGCUGCGCCAGCUGGACUUCAAAGUGGUCUCUCUGCUGGACCUGAACCGACAGGAAAUGCACAGCGCUGUGACUGAGUUCCUGCUGCUACUUGACCGCGGCGUGUAUGGGUUGCUGUACUUUGCGGGUCACGGUUAUGAGAACUACGGGAACAGCUUCAUGGUUCCCAUUGAUGCGCCAGCUUCCUACACCUCGGAACACUGUCUGUGGGUGCAGGACGUGCUACAGCGUAUGCAGGAGCGUGAGACUGGCCUCAAUGUCUUUCUGCUGGACAUGUGUCGCAAACGAAACCUGAAUGAUGACAUCAUCCCACAACCUGGCCCCCUGAAAGUUACAGCUAACAUUGUGUUUGGCUAUGCCACCUGUGUGGAUGCUGAGGCUUAUGAGGUGAAUAAGGAUGACCUGUCCAAUGGAAUUUUCAUCAACUUCCUUAAACAGCGCCUCAUGGAAGACGAAAAAGUUACUGUCAUGCUGGACAGGGUGGCUGAAGAUAUGGGUCAGUGUGAGAUCACACGAGGUCGGCAGGCUUUGGAGCUGCGCAGUAACCUCUCCGAGCGUCGUGCUCUGACUGACCGCAUUCAGUGCUCCGACUGCCCCGCAGCCACCUCUGCAAGGAACCUGCAGUGGUCCAUCGCUCAUGUGCUGCCAGAAAGCCGGUACCUGCAGUUUGAGUGUGGUGUGAAGGUGCAGUUAGGCUUUGCUGCCGAGUUCUCCAACAUCAUGAUAAUUUACACCCGCAUUCUGGAGCAGCCCCAUGACAUUGUUUCCUGCUCUGCUCAACUCUCUGACUUCUCUGAGGGCGUAGAUGUGGAUCUGAAGCUGACCAAUCAGGAGAGUCCCAGGGACGCAGGCAGUUUGCUGUUUACUUUCGAUGCUGCAGCGCGGCCAGAGCUCCCAAGCCUCUACACCCGCCUCAGAGCACUGCAAAGACUCCAGAAGGAGCUCACGUUCACAGUGUGUCUUCACUACCAGUACUCCAGUAUGGAUGAAGAGGUGCAAGAAAAGCAAACGGUCUCUGUAGGAAAACCUCUGGUGGCCAAACUCAACCUCUAUCAGCCACGGCUGCCCCGUUCCUUCUCAGCCUCAUCCUCCAGCGAUCUCCACACUUUCAGUCUUCCUGAGUCAUCCUCCUUCCCAGAGGGCCUGCAGUCUAGUAUCCCUGCCUCAGAGACGUCCUCCCUCGGCUCAGCCUCCACGUGCUGGUCAUACUACUCACCGCCAGGGGAGGUUCAUGGAAGUGCAAGGCAUGUCAAUGUCCCAGAGGAGACUUUCAGCCCUGAGUUCCUUGAGCGAGAUGCACCUCAGCCUCUGUCUGCUGAGAGCAAGAGCCUGCCACAUGACCAUUUAGAGGACCUUUCCUUCCAGUUCCAUGCAAAACAAAAUUUUCACUCCUGCUAGGCUGUUUGAUGAUAUUACAGUUUAUGUUUUUAGAAUUCCCCAUUCUUUUUAGAAUUUCCAACUCUGAGUUUAUUUCUCUAGGGCUUUAUUUA